CUCCAUCGGUUUCUCAUAUAUAAGACUUCUCCUUUCAUUCAUCAUCGUUAUUUGCUUCUCUUCUCUCACACUUGCCUUUCUUCUUCUUCUCCUCCUCAACUCAAAACCCUAGAUUUGUAACUGUACCUCAUCCUCUUUCCAAUCAAGUGAAAACCUCGAUGGCUGAAGUAGAUCAGAACGCGAGCGCUGAGCAUGAGGCGGAGGAAACAGUUGAGGCGGAAUUGCAAGGUGACGAAGAGCCGGUUGUGGCUGAGAAGAAAUGGCCGGGAUGGCCUGGAGAGAGUGUGUUUCGGAUGUUAGUUCCUGCGCAGAAGGUUGGGGGCAUAAUUGGACGUAAAGGAGAGUUCAUUAAGAAAAUCGUGGAAGAGACACGAGCUCGCGUUAAAAUUCUUGAUGGUCCUCCUGGAACUGCGCAAAGGGCUGUAAUGAUAUCAGGCAAAGAUGAUCCUGAUUCCUCUCUUCCUCCUGCUGUGGAUGGCUUAUUGAGGGUUCAUAAGAGGAUUAUUGAUGGUUUGGAGAGUGAUUUUACCCAUGCUCCUUCAGGUGUGGCUGGGAAGGUUUCUACUAAACUUCUAGUGGCAGCCUCACAAGCAGGAAGUUUAAUUGGGAAGCAAGGAGGAACUGUAAAAUCAAUCCAAGAAGCAUCCAAUUGUAUUGUUAGAGUUCUUGGAGCAGAAGACCUCCCAAUUUUUGCUCUUCAAGAUGACAGGGUGGUUGAAGUAGUUGGGGAUGCUACUGGAGUACAUAAGGCACUAGAGUUAAUUGCUUCCCACCUAAGGAAGUUUCUAGUUGAUCGCAGUGUAAUUCCAAUUUUUGAAAUGAAUAUGCAAAUAGCCAAUCCCCAUCACGCAGAGCCCAUGCCACCCCACCAAUCUUGGGGUCCACCACAGGGCCUUCCUCCAAAUACUGGUGGAGGUCCUGGUUUUGGACCUCCUUCUCAGUACGUACCACCUCCACGACAACUUGAUAAUUAUUAUCCACCAGCCGAGAUCCCUCCAGUCGAAAGACAGCCCCAUCAAGGUAUAUCUGCAUAUGGAAGAGAUGCUUCAAUAGGCAUUCAUGCAUCUUCAAAUACUCAAUCUGCACCUUCUGUAGUCACUCAGAUCACGCAGCAAAUGCAAAUUCCUCUCUCGUAUGCUGAUGCGGUCAUUGGAACGGCAGGGGCGAGUAUAAGCUACAUCAGAAGAGCUAGUGGGGCUACUGUUACCAUACAAGAAACAAGAGGUGUUCCUGGGGAGAUGACUGUUGAAAUCAGUGGAACUGCAUCUCAAGUCCAAACAGCUCAGCAACUGAUACAGAAUUUUAUGGCUGAAGCUGCAGCAGCAGCUGGUGGGGCACAGGCACAGCCGCAGGCAGGUGGACCUACUGCAGACCAAGGAUACAGCUCUUAUCCUGCCCACGCUUCUGUGUAUGCAUCUCCUCCUUCCAAUCCAGGACAUGCUGGAGGCUAUAGCUCCGUUUAUGGUGCAAACUAUGGCUACUAAAUUUAACACUUCUACUAUUUCAUUGUAAAAUGCUGGGAACAGACUCAAUGUAAUAAUUUAACAAAUAUUAGAUUAUUGUGUGACCCUUGUAUUGUGUUGUACUCGUAGUCAUUUCAAAGAUUAAACAUACCUCUCAUGUAUCAUCAUCUCUAUUUUCUAUAA